UGUGUUCUCGUGCGUAAAUUGACGAGUUAUGUAGCAAGCGUGAAAUAUUUAUCGGUAGGGAAUAAAAACAGAGAAUACGCAUAUACGGUUGGGAAGAUUUCCACGAUAGGAAAAGUGUGUAUAGCGACGAAAGUGUGGAAGAAAAAAAGGGAACAAGGGAGGAAGUUAGUAUGUAAGAGGUGUUUUUUUUUUACAAUUUUUGAAAGAUCCUGUGCGAAGAUAUUUGUUAGAUAGAUCUUAGGUGAUACGUUUCGUGUGCACGUUUAUUUCGAUAAAUUUCCUGCGCGUUCCAUUCUGCUGUAACGAAAAAGGAGCGUACGCGACCCUUCGAGGACGCGUUGUCGAUCAUUGUAACAGUGGAAGCUUUAGAAAAUGGCCGACAAUUGGACACGGAACGUCGUUUGCCGUUAUUUCAAAAAUGGUAUGUGCCGCGAAGGAAAUAAUUGCAGGUAUCGCCAUAGUCAAGGAUUAAGAGAUGAUGGGAGUACCAAUGAAACAGUAAUAUCUUCGCCUGUCCCACCUGUUAACACAGUUUGUCGCUUUUUUAAGCAUGGAAUUUGUAAAUUCGGAAGUCAGUGCCAUUUUCGUCAUAUUACCGAAACGGCUGAUAAUAAUUCGGUGAAUGCAGAUUCAAUAGAUAGUUCAUCACCUGAGCAACAUGCUUCAACUACUUCAACUUUGACAACAAUAAAAAAUGUUAAAGAAAAUACCCAUGUAGCCGAAGAAUGGGUAAAGGCAGCUGAAUUUGUACCUUCGUCCAUUGCCAGUUCAUCCACAGCGAAUGAAGCAUCUACUGCUUCGGGAAUAUCUACAAGCUCUUCGCUGCCAAUAUCAUAUGCUCAAGCUUUAAGUCCAUCUGGUCAGGCAUCCAGUCCAUCUUUAGAACCUUUAUGUCUAUAUGCAGUAACAACUGGAUUUUGUAAAAAACGUAAUUGUACAUAUUUACAUGGAGAUAUUUGUGAAUUGUGCAAUCGUGCCACGCUUCAUCCACAUAACGAAGAACUUCGAAAAAAGCAUACAAAUGCAUGCGUCAAACAGCACGAAGUAGACAUGGAACUUUCUUUUGCUAUUCAACGUAGCAGAGAAAAGUCUUGUGGAAUAUGUUUUGAGAUAGUAAUGGAAAAGUCUUCUGGUGAACAGAGAUUCGGUAUUUUACCAAAAUGCAAUCAUUGCUUUUGUCUAAGUUGUAUUAGAAAAUGGAGAAAAGCUAAACAAUUUGACAAUAAAAUUAUUAGAGCUUGUCCAGAAUGCCGUGUCAGUUCUGACUUUGUAUGUCCAAGUAUGUAUUGGGUAGACACAAAAGAAGAGAAAGAAAAGUUAAUAAUGAACUACAAAUGUGCAUUAAGUACUAAACAUUGUAAAUAUUUCAAUAACGGACGUGGUAAAUGUCCUUUUGGCAAUAAGUGCUUUUACCUACACGCACUGCCCGAUGGUACUAAAACAGAUGUUGGUCCACCUGUUCGUCAACGACGCAAUGCUGAUUCGGAUAUUGGCAUUUUUCAGCGAAUGAUCUUGUGGGACUACAUUGACGGGAGAAAUGAGAGUUAUACGUACGACGAUUAUGGCAAUGGCUUCUAUUCGGACUCGGAAGAUUCUGAUUGGUCUGAAUUUGAACUUCCUUAUGAUUAAUUGUAUUAAUUCAGUAAUCAUUACUGCUGUUGCUGUUAUCUGUAUUAUCUAUCUCAUCCACCACUUAUGCGUGGUUUCAGUGGCUGAAUAGACAAGUAGUUUAUGAAUUGUUUGAAUGGUUAUGGUUCCAAAGGUGUCCUGGCUACGUUGUGCGCUUUGCUUGGUGAUGUUUACAUGAAAUAUGUGUAAAUGACAUCAGGUUGGUAAAUAGAAAAUAACAAUAAUAAUGAGAAGAUUACAGUCGCAUGUACAAUAAUGACAAGAUUUUUAAUACUACACUGUCACUUUGUAAUCACCUUUUUUCGUGUAUCUUGACCAAUAUUCUUACAACUAAUAUUCAAUCAUAAGAAGUAUGCAUCAAAUCUUACAUCAGUGGUCCAAAUUAAUUCAAUGAAUAGAACAUAUAUCAAAAUAUUUACAAUACUCUUUUGCCAACAUACAAAUUUCAUUUAUUCACAGUCCUACAAUUCUUUUUUUUAACAAGACAAAUGAGUAAUAAACAAUUUUGUUCGGCGAUGUUAGAU